GCGACUGUCAAUAGGCGUUUUACAUCUUUUUGUCUUUUGUGAAGUUAGUACGUUUUGCUUUUCUAAUAGAAGCACUUAAAGGGUGCUUUUUACAAAUGAAGAUAAGCGACGAAUCGCCACCUUCCAUUCCGGAAGAGCUGGCUAGUGCUAUGCCGCCAGAAAUGGUGAUGCAGCUCAUUCAGGUCUCUUCGGCCUUUCUUGUUACGCUCAACUCGUAUGUAGCGUCAACCCGCGAGAUUGACCGUCGAUCACGACGCCUCAGACGAUCUCGGAUGCUGCUUCUCAUGAGAUUAAUGCAGCUUCGUGAAGAUAAAUCUCAACGUUUACUAGCUGCACCACCUCCAGUUCCAAUCCCGAUUCCUGUCCCUCGAAUAGUGAAACCACCACCAGCGGGCAACAAGUUUUGGGAGAGAGAAGUUCCUCGCUUUUCUGAAGCUCAGUUUCAAAAAGAGUUCCAUGUCAGUAAAAGAACCUUCAAUUACCUUUGUAAUGCUCUCAGACCCACACUUUCAAAACGAGAUGCCAAUUUAAGAGCUCACGUACCUCUGGAAAAGCGUGUUGGUGUAGCCCUGGCAUUGCUUGCUUCCAAAAAUGAAUAUAAGAAUGACUACAGUGUCAUUGCACACACCUUUGGCAUUAGCAAAAGCUCAGUUGCCAUUAUAUUUAAACAAUUUUGUAAUGCAGUUGUGGAUAUCCUGUUUGGCAAGGUUGUCCAAUUGCCAUCGGGACCAGGUUUCCGCGAAGAGGCCGAUAAAUUUGAGCUCAGGUAUUUGUUCCCUGACACUAUUGGCGUUGUCGGUGCAACACAUUUACCAGUAGCUACUCCGCGUAAUUGCGGUACAGGCUACACGAAUUCGUCCGGUUGGAAUUCUAUCGUUCUGCUGGGUGUAGCUGGUUACAACAACAAAUUAGGCUAUGUCUGUAUCGGCCAGCCGGGCAGUACAGACAACACGGCAGUACUCAAAGCGUCGCAAUUGUACAAAACGGCCCAAAAAGGCAAACUUUUCCCGGCUGACGAAGACUUGCAUUUCCUCGCCGAUCACACCUUCCCGUUGCAAAAUUGGCUCUUGACGCCUUAUCGCAUGGAUGAAGUCUGCGAUAGGGAAUCAUACAAGACACUCAAUCAACACCUCAAAAACGCUCACAAAUGUGUAGAAACCAGUUUUGAAAGACUAAAAGGUCGAUGGGGACUGUUGCUUAAGGGUUGCGAUCUGGCCAUGGACUUUACCAAAGUGGUUCAAGUUUGUUGUGUCUUGCACAAUCUGUGCGAAGAGGCGGGAGACAUGUUUUUCGAGCACUGGUACGGAACGGUGCGAACUUUUGAUGCAGCGCACCCGCAACCCAAAUCGAAAGCAGCAGCUGCGCACAUCCGAGACGAGGACGAUGAAGACGAAGAGGACGAAGAAGAGUAUGAAGAAAUGCUUGCGGAAGCAGGUGCCAAACGUGAUCGGUUAUCGGAACGUCUCAUUGUUAGUGCCGCUGCUGCUGCGGCCUCACAAGCUGCAACAGCAUUACCUCCAUUGGCGCUCAGUCGACCGGAUGACAGGCGGAAUUCAUUCCCCUCGCCAUUAACGGAGCACAGCUUCUCACAAGACGAUUCGGAUAUGUAUUGAAUAGACCUGCUAAAGAAAAGAAAAAAAUGAAGACAGAACAAAAAGGAAGAAGCCUUUCUAGUUUGUUUCUAAUCGGCUAUUUCAAAUUGUGUGUUGAGACGUUCGAGUUUGGGUCAGCAUGGUGACGAUUCACUGAAAACAUAAAAACACUUUAAUUUAAGGAAACAUGUUGUUCUGAUUUGUUUGUUUUUUUGCGUGUGUUUGUGUGUGUGUAUAAAUUUCAAAAAAUGAAAAUUUACUUGACGGAAGCAAAAUUUUGUCAAUUUAA